CUCCACGUUGCCUUUUCCUUCCCCUGGACCCCCUGAUUGUAUCUAUUUAAAUCGCUCACUUCCUCUUCGCAUAUUUGCUCUCUACCUUUGUUAGACUUUAUCAUCUUCAUUAGACAUCAUGCCUGCUACCUGGUUCGACGAACAGAAGAGGUCCUUCGCGGACGUCAAGAUCGAUGCUGCCAACGACAACGGCAUCUCGACCACUGAGUUCCUUGAAGCUGCUGAGUCUCUCACCACUCUUUUCGAUGUUCUCGGCUCCAAGGCUUUCACUCCUGUCAAGAGUGAUCUGACCAACAACAUCAAGAAAGUCAGGGAGAGGCAGCUGGCUGCCCCCGCUGAGUCUGAGACUCUCCAGGCUCUUGUUAUCAACGAGUUGAAGACCAAGAAGCACGUCGCUUCUGAAGGUCUGCUCUGGCUUGUCAGAGGUCUUGACUUCACCGCCCAGGCCCUCCGCCACAACCUGAACAACGGCAGCACCGAGCUGUCCGACUCCUUCCGUGAAGCCUACGGCAACACCCUCAAGCCCCACCACUCCUUCGUUAUCAAGCCCAUCUUCUCUGCUGCUAUGUCGGCUACCCCUUACCGUAAGGACUUCUACGCCAAGCUUGGUGAGGACCAGGCUAAGGUUAACGAGUCCCUGAACGCCGAGGUGGUGGCUCUUGAGAAGAACGUCGCCAUCCUGAAGGAGUUCCAGGGCCGUAAGGAGGCGAAGUGGUAGAUAUAGGGGAACAUUUGUUCAUAAUGUGAGGAAUAUCUGGCAUAUUUACUGGGCGCUUUUUAAAGAUGUAUAUAUUUUCUAAAGAGUCUGAGACUCCUUGCAUGAUAACUAGAUUUUUGAAUCGCGCGGAAUUGGUUGCUGAGACCAGAUCGUCCUAGCUACUCUGUGAUGGACGCUGGAACAAAUAAUCGUCUAUUUUGUGUCAUCUUUAGACAUGUCAUCAUCAUCAUGGCUAUCCUAUCAGCAUGCAAGCA